UCUAGAGCCAUGACACCCUUCAGACGCGCAAGCACCCCGACCGCCGAUGCGCCUGGACGAUCGAGGCCCUUGCAGAAGACCGCCCCGCCACACGCCUCACUUCCGGGUGAGCUUUAAUUCGCCAGUCAGGGUCAUCUCCCGAGCACAGGCACCACCACCCUCCCGAUCACGCACGCACACCUUUACACAAAACGUGCAUAGCAAUGGGCAGGACCCUAUUGCAUGUGAGAAGGUCACGACCGCUAUAUUGCUCUUCUGUCUGAGAAGUUGGUGACCUUUCUUGCUGUCAUCCUCACCUUUACCUGAGUCUGGAGUCUGGGCCAAGGAGUCUUCCCACGCUUCCCCCUCUUGACGUGGCGUGGCGCAUGCGUGGCUGUCCCGAUCAAAUGCCGGCCGCACCGCGGAAAGGAUAGGCAAGG